GUAGCUCGCUGCUGGUCUACAAUACUCCAUCCCACACAGAAGCUUCCUCACGUCUUGCCACCAAAGAAGGCCCUCCUGUCGCGGGGACGCAAAAUGUGAAUAAGACGACCGAGCAGCAACGGCCCCAGCCAGAUCCCUAUCAAAUCUUGGGGCCCACUAGUAGCCGACUAGCCAAUCCAGGGAGCGGGCAGAUCCAACUGUGGCAGUUCCUCCUCGAGCUGCUGUCGGACAGUUCCAACGCCAGCUGCAUCACGUGGGAAGGGACCAACGGCGAGUUCAAGAUGACGGACCCCGACGAAGUGGCGCGGCGCUGGGGAGAACGCAAGAGCAAGCCCAACAUGAAUUACGACAAGCUGAGCCGAGCCCUCCGAUACUACUACGACAAGAACAUUAUGACCAAAGUGCACGGCAAAAGGUAUGCCUACAAAUUUGACUUUCACGGCAUCGCCCAGGCUCUCCAGCCUCACCCCACCGAGUCGACGAUGUACAAGUACCCUUCAGAUCUCUCCUACAUGCCGUCCUACCACGCCCACCAGCAGAAGGUGAACUUUGUUCCCCCGCACCCCUCCUCCAUGCCCGUCACGUCAUCCAGUUUCUUCGGAGCAGCCUCACCUUAUUGGACCUCCCCUGCAGGAAGCAUCUACCCAAACCCCAACGUCCCUCGCCACCCCAACGCCCACGUAUCGCCACACUUGGGCAGCUAUUACUAGAUGUUUUUAUCUUCGAGUGGCCUUGAUCAGUCCGGUUGGACUUUCUCCUUUCCUGCCGGGAUUUUGACGGUUUUAUUUCGGGGGACCCUUAAUGGAUAAACGUGGCCUUUCUGGGGAAGAAUUAAAACUGGAUGUUGGUUAUUCCUGGAUCAAACCUUUUCCUUUGGUAAUUCUGCCUCUUGUGUCUUGGACUGAGAGAGGGAUGCUUCUUUGGGCCAGUACUCUGCAUUUUCUUGGGUUUUUAACGCUUCUGUCCUCCGUAGGAAUUGGCCAUGAAGAUUGGUCACCAUUACCUGGAACGAUUAUUAGCUUUUUGAUGAGAGAAAUUUUUAAGGAUGACAAGACAUAGAUCCAGCUGUGGGUCGUAGGAAAAGAUGACUACACUUGUGGUUUUUUUCUCGCUAUGGAGAGGUUAAGGCAGUUUGACCAUUAUGCGGAGGACAUUGGGCUGCAGGGGACUGCAACUGGAAUCUUAGCUUUAAGGCAGAUGAGGAUUUUCACCCAACUGGAAUUUAAAUAUAUAUAUAUAUAUAUUCAUAUAUAUAUAUGUACAUGUAUAUUUUAAGAAGUAAAGGGCAUUGAAGGAACUUUUCUAGAGUGUUACAGCUUCAUUAGACUGUCUAUUAACUCCAGAAACAUCAGAAACCAGAACAAAAAGUAACCUAAUGUCAAGCACAGGCAUUCCUUGAAAGCAAAAGUGAAGUAAAAUAAAUGACAGCAGGCCCCUGAGCUCGGCCAGAGUCUUAGGGAUCGCUAAAUGCUACCGAUUCGCGAACGCUGUGCGUUUGUCAGACCGUCAUCCAAAGGGUCAACAAAUCAGAAGGCAAAUUACUGUAUAAAUUAUGCAGAGUUAUUUUUUUUUCCCUAUAUCUCACAGUUUUAAAAGAAAGAUUAAAUAAAACGAGUUGACCUCGGUCACAAAUGCAGGUUUGUUUUGUUUUGUUUUGUUUUUUACUAUCAGCUCAGUUGUUUGUGGGUUGUUU